AUGGGCUCCUCUAACCCCAAGAACUCGUCAGAUAUGGCAGACAGCACUUUCAAACACUCCGUCGAGAUGCAGACGGGAAAGGCUGCGACUAUUUCUACUUCUUCCAUCAGACACGGCCGCGAGUAUCCGACUGAGCAGGAGCUGAACACCCUCCGUCGUGUUUCUGGAAAGGUUCGCUGGACCGCAUACACCAUUGCCUUCGUGGAACUAUGCGAGCGAUUCUCUUAUCAUGGAACCACUGCCGUCUUCACCAACUUCAUCCAGCAGCCUCUACCCCCCAACUCCACCACUGGCGCUGGUUUCAGUGGUCAGUCCGGAGCUCUGGGCCAUGGCCAGCGUGCAUCGACCGGGUUGAACACCUUCAAUACCUUCUGGUGUUAUCUGAUGCCGAUCCUGGGAGCAUGGAUCGCAGAUGAAUUCUUGGGCCGUCUUAGAACCAUCCAGAUCUCGAUUGCAUUUGCCAUGUUUGGUCACAUCCUCCUAAUCAUAUCUGCACUCCCACCUGUCAUCGCCCACGCUCACGGCGCUCUGACGAUCUUUUCCAUCGGCCUUGUUAUCUUCGGCAUUGGUGUUGGGGGUUUCAAAUCGAAUAUUGCCCCGUUGAUUGCAGAGCAGCAUAGAGGCAAUCGUCCGUACAUCAAGGCCGACCCUGUGACCGGCGAACGAUAUAUAGUGGACCCAGCGCAGACCGUCUCCAGAGUCUUCAUGUACUUCUAUUUCAUGAUCAAUGUCGGCGCUCUAAUCGGCUCGAUUUCCAUGGUCUAUGCGGAGAAAUACAUUGGGUUUUGGCUGUCCUUUCUUCUUCCAACCGUCAUGUUUGCAUUUUGUCCAAUGGUUCUGUUCAUCUGCCGGCACAAGUACAACACUACGCCACCAACUGGUUCGGUUGUAGGCAAAGCGUUUAGACUGUGGGCUUUCGCAAUGAAGCCGCAUUGGACCUGGAAUCCUGUUAGACUUAAUCUCCGCCACAGACCAUCCUGGAUGACCUUUGACGACCAAUGGGUCGAUGAAGUUCGUAGGGCCGUCAAAGCAUGCGGCGUCUUUGCCUGGUACCCCAUUUACUGUCCGUCCAUCAUAGGUUCUCAAUGGAAAAACAGGCUGCUGACUCUUCUGUGCAACAUAGGGCUUGCCUACGGCCAAAUGACCAGCAACCUAAUAUCACAAGCCGCCACAAUGGAACUCAACGGUGUGCCCAACGAUAUAAUCAAUAACCUCGAUCCUCUCGCACUCAUAAUUUUCAUCCCAGUCAUGGACCAAUUUGUCUAUCCGUUCAUUCGCAAGCUCGGUUUUAACUUCACACCCUUGAAGCGCAUCUACGCAGGGUACAUGGUCGCCUCUUUUUCCAUGAUCACAGCCACAGUAACUCAGCAUUAUAUUUAUGUCCGCAGCCCGUGCCAUAACAGGGCUUCCUCUUGCGACGAGCCAGCCCCCAUAAGCGUCUGGUGGCAGACGAUCCCGUACGUGCUCAUCGCGCUAUCGGAAAUAUUCACCUCGAUAUCCGGCUACGAGUACGCGUACACAAAGGCGCCGCGCAACAUGAAGAGUAUUGUACAAAGCUUGUACCUCUUCACGAACGCGGUAAGUGCCGCGAUCCAGCAGGGACUGACGAGUUUGAGUGCGGAUCCGUUGUUGAAGUGGAACUACGGCUUCAUUGCGGUAUUAGCGUUCUUUGGGGGCCAUCUUUUCUGGUAUACACAUUGGCGGCUGGAUCGGGAAGAAGAUUAUUUAAAUCACUUGGAGCCGUCAAGUUUUCUGGGACGGGGUUCUGGGAGGAAGAAGCGCCAGGAUGCGGACUUGGAGAAGUAG